UAGGCUGCGACUGCGGCUGCCAUAUCCUGAAUUAGACAUGGCCGCGACCGGAGUUCUUCCCUUUAUCAGGGGGGUAGACUUGAGUGGGAAUGACUUUAAGGGGGGCUAUUUUCCUGAGCAUGUCAAGUCUAUGACCAGCUUGCGAUGGCUGAAACUAAACAGAACGGGUCUUUGCUAUCUUCCAGAGGAACUUGCCUCCCUACAGAAACUGGAACAUUUAUCAGUGAGUCACAACAGCCUCACAACGCUGCAUGGAGAGCUGUCCAGUCUUCCCAACCUGAGGGCCUUGGUGGCCAGAGCAAACAACUUGAAGAACUCCGGAGUUCCUGAUGAUAUUUUUCAGCUGGAUGAUCUUUCUGUGCUGGAUUUGAGCUAUAACCAACUCGCUGAGAUUCCAAGGGACUUGGAAAACUCCAGGAACAUGUUGGUCUUAAACCUCAGUCACAAUAGCAUUGAUAACAUACCAAAUCAGCUGUUCAUUAAUCUGACUGAUCUGCUCUACCUGGACCUGAGUGACAAUAAUUUGGACACCUUGCCCCCUCAGAUGAGACGCUUGGUCCAUUUGCAGACCCUGAUACUCAAUAAUAAUCCACUUAUGCAUGCACAGCUCAGGCAACUACCUGCUAUGGUGGCCCUGCAAACCCUUCACUUACGGAACACACAACGUACUCAAAGUAAUAUGCCAACCAGUCUAGAGGGACUCACAAACUUAGCGGAUGUGGACCUUUCCUGCAAUGAUCUGAGUCGAGUACCAGAAUGCUUGUAUACCCUGGCUAAUCUAAAACGACUCAAUUUGAGCAGCAAUCAGAUAUCAGAACUGUCACUGUGCAUAGAUCAGUGGACCAAGCUUGAGACUCUCAACCUUUCAAGGAACCAACUCACAUCCUUGCCUUCUGCUAUUUGCAAGCUGUCCAUGCUGAAGAAGCUGUAUGUGAACUCAAACAAAAUUGAUUUCGAUGGGCUUCCAUCCGGUGUGGGAAAACUAUCCAACCUAGUGGAAUUCAUGGCAGCAAAUAAUAAUUUGGAGCUCGUUCCAGAGGGACUUUGCAGGUGUGGGAAGUUGAAGAAACUGGUCUUGAACAAGAACCGUCUUGUGACUUUACCAGAGGCCAUUCAUUUCUUGACUGAUUUGCAGGUUUUGGACGUUCGUGAGAAUCCCAAUCUAGUCAUGCCUCCUAAGCCGGUGGACAGAACAGCUGAGUGGUACAACAUAGACUUCUCUUUGCAGAACCAGCUACGAUUGGCUGGUGCAUCCCCAGCCACUGUAGCAGCAGCUGGUGGAGGAAAUAGCCCAAAAGAUCACAUGGCCCGGAAAAUGAGGCUAAGGAGGAGAAAAGACUCUUCUCAAGAUGAUCAGGCUAAACAGGUGCUGAAAGGAAUGUCAGAUGUGACUCAUGAUAAGAACAAAUCUAUGGAGGAGAAUGGCGACUUGAAAUACUCAGACCUGAAAGUAAAGCGUUGGGACAAGAACCUGGAGAAACCUCCACUGGACUACUCCGAGUUCUUCUUGGAGGAUGUGGGGCAAAUACCUGGAGUCACAAUCUGGCAGAUAGAGAACUUUGUACCCAUGCAGGUGGACGAAGCUUUCCACGGAAAGUUCUAUGAGGCUGACUGUUACAUUGUUCUCAGAACUUUCUUAGAUGAUAACGGAGCCUUGAACUGGCAGAUCUUUUACUGGAUUGGCCAGGAAGCCACACUUGAUAAGAAAGCCAGCUCAGCAAUCCAUGCUGUCAACCUUCGUAAUUAUUUGGGCGCUGAGUGCAGGAGUAUCAGAGAGGAGAUGGGAGACGAAAGUGAAGAAUUCACUGCGGUGUUCGACACUGCGAUCUCUUACAUUGAGGGCGGAACUGCUAGUGGAUUUUACACCGUAGAGGACACACAAUAUUCAACCAGGUUGUACAGGGUAUAUGGGAAAAAGAACAUCAGAUUAGAAUCGGUGCCUAUUAAAGCGUCCUCACUUGACCCACGAUUUGUGUUCUUGCUGGACAAUGGUCUUGAAAUAUUUGUUUGGAGAGGAGGUAAUGCAACGCUGGGUGGUACCACAAAAGCAAGGUUAUUUGGUGAAAAGAUCAACAAAAAUGAGCGAAAAGGUAAAGCAGAGAUUAUGACGUUGAUGCAAAAUCAUGAACCUCCCGAGUUCUGGGAGAUUCUUGGAGGACAGCCAGAGGAAAUCAAAAAACAUGUUCCAGAUGACUUUACUCCUGUCCGUCCCAAGCUGUAUAAGGUUGGCUUAGGUUUGGGAUAUCUCGAACUUCCUCAAAUCAACUACAAACUUUCGGUGGAGCACAAGGAUAAAAUCAAACUAGAUGUGGUUCCGGAGAAUAGACUGGUACAAGGUCUUCUGGACACUAAAGGUGUCUUCAUCUUAGAUUGCUGGUCUGAUGUAUUCAUUUGGAUCGGCCGUAAAUCUCCACGUCUGGUGAGGGCAGCCGCGUUGAAGCUGGGCCAGGAGGUGUGCUGUAUGCUGCAUCGACCAAAGCACGCCGUGGUCAUUCGUAAUCUGGAGGGCACGGAGUACCAGGUCUUCAAAUCCAAGUUCAAGAAUUGGGAUGACGUGUUGAAGGUGGACUACACCAGGAACGCAGAGAGCGUGAAGCAGGCCGCUGGCUUGUCUGGAAAAGUAAAGAAGGAUGCAGAGCAGAAGGACCAGAUGAAAGCUGAUCUAACAGCUCUCUUCCUGCCCAGGCAGCCACCCAUGCCCCUCACAGAGGCUGAGCAAAUGAUGGAGGAGUGGAACGAGGACUUGGACGGCAUGGAGGGAUUUGUUCUAGAGGGAAAGAAGUUUGCUCGUUUGCCAGAGGAGGAGUUUGGUCACUUCCACACUCAGGACUGCUAUGUAUUUCUCUGCAGGUACUGGGUGGCUGUGGAAUAUGAGAAUGAUCAAGAGAAAGACAAAGAGAAAAGAGAGGAUGAUGACAAACAGCCUGAAGAAGACUUCCAGUGUGUGGUUUAUUUCUGGCAGGGCCGUGAGGCCUCCAACAUGGGCUGGCUGACUUUCACUUUCAGCCUGCAGAAGAAGUUUGAAAGUUUGUUUCCAGGGAAACUAGAGGUUGUGAGAAUGACCCAGCAGCAGGAGAACCUCAAGUUCUUGUCACAUUUCAAGAGAAAGUUCAUCAUUCACAAAGGCAAGAGGAAGAUUAAAGUGGACAGUGUGCAACCAAGCUUAUACCACAUCAGGACAAAUGGAAGCGCUCUUUGUACCAGGACUAUUCAAAUAGCCACAGAUUCCAGCAACCUCAAUUCUGAAUUCUGCUUCAUAUUGAAGGUUCCAUUUGAAAGUACAGACAACCAGGGAAUAGUGUACACUUGGGUUGGAAGAGCAGCAGACCCAGAUGAAGCUAAACUAGCAGAAGACAUCAUGAACACAAUGUUUGAUGAGUCGUACAGUAAGCAGGUGAUAAAUGAAGGAGAGGAGCCAGAAAAUUUCUUCUGGGUUGGCAUCGGCUCUCAGAAGCAAUACGAUGAAGAUGCAGAGUACAUGAAAUAUGCUAGACUGUUUAGGUGCUCGAAUGAGAAAGGUUACUUUGCUGUAUCAGAGAAGUGCUCAGACUUUUGUCAGGAUGACCUGGCUGAUGAUGACAUUAUGCUUUUAGACAAUGGAAAAGAGGUUUACAUGUGGGUUGGCUCUCAGACAAGCCAAGUGGAGAUUAAGCUAAGCUUGAAGGCUUGUCAGGUCUAUAUUCAACACAUGAGGUCCAAGGAUGCGGAGCACCCUAGGAAGCUGCGCCUGGUGCGCAAAGGCAAUGAGCCUCACUGUUUUACCCGCUGUUUCCACGCCUGGGGUGCAUUCAAGACUGCACCUGCAUAAAUUUGCCCUGCACCACACAGUCUGUCUGAAUACAGUAAACGAGCAUUAGCGUUUCCAAAAACACCAACAUUCACAACACACCUGUUAUUGAUGCGCACUGCAACACUCUCUUUAAAACGCUCAUGUUAUAUUUGCUCAUUCAAGCAAUAUAGAAUUUUAGAAGGCGUAGGUUUAAAAGAUACAGCACUUAUGUUUCCUCUUGACAAAAAAUUCUGUAUUUCAUAAGGGACGGAUUUAAGAAGAACAUUCAUGUUCCAAGGGAGAGCUUAGGUUGUUUUUUUAUCAUCUGGCUGCACGUGUUGUGAAUUGCCAUGUCCGUUUACAUUUUCUGAAUUAGACUUUGCUUAAGUUCGUUUUAAGACUAUUUAUAUCAUGCUUUUGAACAACACCUCCUGUUUUAUUUAGUAAAUGCAUAUCACGUGUAUUGACUGCCACCAUUUUGAAAAAGCACAAACUUUAGGUCUAUGUUUCAUCUAAAGACAUAAGAAUCGGUGCCACUCACACCCUGUUUCAGUCCUUGACCUUUAGGAUGUUAACUCUUCCAAUGCUGAUGGGAUAGUUAAUUGCACAAUACUUUGUGGAAUGUUCUCUGAUUAAUGAAUUGUUGGAAUAAGUAUAUAUAGUUUAAUGCCCUUAAACUGUCUGGAACGACCACAUACGGACACAGAGUACUGGCCGCAGGAGUGCUGAAGCAGUUAGAGUCUGCGUUGAUCUCAUCAGCUUUAUUUAAAAGCAUAAUCUGAAAUUGCUUGGACUGGCACUCUUGUUGUAUUAAUACUGCCAGGAUUUGAUAUGGCGAACACAUUUGCAUUUUCAAUAGGUUUGUUAGCCUAAAACAAGUCAUCAAUCACAGAUUGUGCUUUUUUUAAAACAAAAGUUAUUGUCCUGUGUAUGGACUGUUUAGUUUUUUGAAUUCUGAAUAUUUGUUGAACUUGGACUGGGAAAAUAAAUAUUUAGCCAGGGAAAUAAAUAUUAAGCCAGGGAAAUAAAUAUUCCUUUUUUAUUAUGCUAAUAAAUUUUCUUAUUUAUAUCACUAAAGGGAUUGUUAGAGGUUAAAAAAUAUUUUCAGUUGACGGUUGGCUGCCCUGUUCUGUAAUUUUUUUCACUAAAGCUUUUUUUGUCUGCAUAUAUAAAUGUAUUUCUAUGUGUACAAAUAUUUUCUGCCACUGACUUACAUACAGAUGCUCUAUUUAUGUAUUUUGUAUUGAAUAAAGUUUCAUUGCACAUCUGUACAACUAA